AUGUGUGAGCGCAGUCUCUACAGAGCGGGCUAUGUGGGCUCGCUUCUGAAUCUGCAGUCGCCCGACUCCUUUUACUUCUCCAACCUGCGGCCGAAUGGCGGCCAGUUGGCCGCGCUUCCCCCCAUCUCCUACCCGCGCGGCGGGCUGCCCUGGGCUGCUGCGCCAGCCUCUUGCGCCCCCGCGCAGCCCGCCGGCGCCACCGCCUUCGGUGGCUUCUCGCAGCCUUACUUGGCUGGUUCCGGCCCCCUUGGCCUGCAGCCCCCGGGCGCCAAGGACCGACCCGAAGAGCAGGCCAAGUUCUAUGCCCCCGACGCGGCCACUGGGCCAGAGGAACGCGGCCGUGGGCGGCCGCUCUUCGCCCCCGAGUCUAGCCUGGCUUCCGGGGCCGCUGCCCUCAAAGCGGCCAAGUACGAUUAUGCUGGUGUGGGGCGCGAGGCGGCUGGCUCCGCGGCCUUGCUCGAUGUGGCCCCCUGCGCCUCCGCCAGUUUCAAGGACGACGCCAAGGGCCAGCUCAACUUGAACAUGACAGUGCAGGCGGCCGGCGUCGCCUCUUGCCUGAGACCUUCGCUGCCCGACGGCCUAACGUGGGGGUCGGCCCCAGGAAGGGCCCGCAAGAAGCGGAAACCCUACACAAAGCAGCAGAUUGCCGAGCUGGAGAACGAAUUCCUACUCAACGAAUUCAUCAACCGGCAGAAGCGCAAGGAGUUGUCCAACAGGCUGAACCUCAGUGACCAGCAGGUCAAGAUCUGGUUCCAGAAUCGGCGCAUGAAGAAGAAGCGCGUGGUGCUGCGCGAGCAGGCACUGGCUCUCUACUAGCCGCGCUGAAGGCCAGAGGAAGGGCUAGGCCUGACAUUUGGGUCCGAGGCCUAACGUGGGGAGAAGCGGGGCUGGGGCUUUGCCUUUGUCCCUCUCUCUGAUGAUUCCGCACCCUCCUGCUCAGUCUCUAGGCCGGAAACCAUCAGGAGAUUUUGAGACCAGGCCAUUCGGGUAUCCGCUCUUUUCCCUCUUUCUGAGAGUUGGUUGAGGGGCGUUCAGAAGUCACAGCGCAACCUUGGCCUUGAGGCUUCCACGUGGGAGCCUGUGAUCACCUGUUCUGGUUCUUGGCUGGGGCGUUUUGACCGUUGUUUAUUCGUACUUGGAUUUUUCUCUUCCACCCGGUUAGUCUAUCUUACUCCCUCUCUCAGCCCUUUCUGCAUUUAGCAGGCGCCUAGGGAGAGCUCCAAGUAGGGGUGAAUUUAGAAAGGCUUCCAGAACGAGUGGAAAGUGCUGCAGUUGGAUUCGGUCUCUCUGGAGCCCAAGCAUAGCCAGAAUCUCCAGUGGCGGAAGGAAAGGGUGCCGCCUCCCCCCUCUCAUCUGCCCUGACUGGUUUGAGAGGACAAAAGCCUCCCUAGACCUUCAGACUUCUGGAGGAAAGGGGAAGAGAGGGGAGAGGUGGUCUGACAAACUUGGAGAUACCUCAGAAUGCAGGCUGGACUGGCCCCUCCAACUAGGUGGAGUGGACUGGAGACUUCCUCCCUGGGAUGGGAUGGGGAGGCUGGGGCAAUUUCCAGAAAGCUCUGGCAAAACUCCCCUGCUUCUCCCACCUCCCCACAUUUACCUAGGCUGGGCUCCUGCACCCUGUAACUGGACCCACAGCUAGCAGCUCUCAGCCCUGGAAAGGGGGGCUGCCAGUUGGCUUUGAGGCUGGAUUGUACAAGGAGGAGGGAAAGAUAUGGAGGAGGGAUGGGGGGGUGUGCUCUGCUCUGAUUGUAAAUAUGGCUUUCCUGUGAGGUGGGGAAAAGGUAUUGAUGUGUGUUUCUUUCUUGAAUUACCCUAAUGCACCACCACAGGAAGCGAGAAGGGAAAGCUUCACCAGUCAGGGAGCGGAGAGGAGGCCCCUCAGAGUCACAGCCCCUCCUUAUUGCUCUUUACAAGCAGAGAGGACCAGGCGUUCCAUUCUCCUCACUUUCUGUGCCACCAGCCAACUCCAUCAAAGGCCAAGCCACCGUCCCUAUCAGAGACCAUGUCUGGCCUGCCUCAGCAGAGCCUGCAAGGUCCUGGGCCCUGUCAGGCUCACCCUUUGGAGAUGGGCUCCUGGCCACCCAGCAGGAGCUGUCCUGGAUGUGCUGGGGUGUUCAGCCUGAACCUCAGUGAA